AUGUCUCUGGAACGUCAAGUCCGUGCCAAGUUGGCUUCAAAGCGCAAUGUUGACCAGGAGAAAGAAGCCCAGGAAUGGAUUGAAACCAUUCUUGGUGCCAAGUUCCCCCCCGGUGAAGCUUACGAAGAUGUACUUAAAGACGGCACUGUUCUUUGCCAACUCAUCAAUAAACUGAAGCCUGGCUCCGUUCCUAAAAUCAACACCUCCGGUGGACAGUUUAAGAUGAUGGAGAACAUCACCAACUUCCAAGGGGCCAUAAAAGCGUACGGUGUCCCCGAUAUCGAUGUGUUCCAGACCGUUGAUUUGUGGGAGAAGAAAGACAUCGCUCAGGUCACCAACACACUAUUCGCUCUCGGCCGCGAGACCUACAGGCAUUCUGAGUGGAGCGGCCCGUACCUUGGCCCCAAGCCCUCUGAGGAGUGCAAGCGGGAAUUCUCUGAUGAAGUCCUGCAGGCCGGUAAGACCGUCAUCGGUCUUCAGGCUGGAUCCAACAAGGGCGCUACCCAGGCAGGCCAAAACAUGGGUGCUGGUCGCAAGAUCCUGCUCGGCAAGUGA